AUGAAAGAAAUUGUUGCAGCAACUGAACGAAACGAUCGUUUUCAGUCAGAUUCAUAUGGUAAACGCCUUAUUCAAUUAACUACAGCAGCAAAAAGUAAUUUGAAUAUUGAUUUAUACAAUCUUGAUGUCGAGAUACAACAUCAAUUUGGACUUCAUUCUGUUGAAGUCACUGGCGAUGGUGUAUGUGCCUUUCAAACUAUUCUCAUAUCGGGUAUGUUGAUUUCAAAUAUUCCAAGUUCAUCAAUAAUAAUCAACGAAUAUAUUCUGGAAAUUUAG